AUGUCUGCCUUUUCGCUCUACACCACUCCGCCUCCCACUCCCACACAAUCCUCCGUCAUCCUCUCCCACACCUGUCUCCACGCAGGGAUGCUCUGGAUGCUGCUGGGACUUCACACUCCUGUGGUGCUGGAUGAUGGCGGCAGGAAGCCCCUGGGGCUGGCUCCUGGGACCCCUCGUUCUGGGUGUCACAGGUACCUGAAGGUGCAGCAUUUGCCAGGCUGUGCAGGACCCAGCGCCCUCCCGGGCGUGCCUGAGGCUGCCCGGGGUGUUACUUGUGUCUCUGGGCACAGGGGGCCUUGCCCCACUGCUCAGGCCCCGCCCAUAUCACUGACCCCGCCCCACAGCAGCCCCGACUCUGCCCGCAACCUUGGCUCCACCCACACCGCUGACACCCUGGCCCUCCCCAGCCCAGAUUCCAUCCUAGGGUCCGCGGCCUGGCCCGGCGGUGGCCGCAUCGUGAGCGGCGAGGACUGCAGUCCACACUCGCAGCCCUGGCAGGCAGCCCUCUUCGUGGAAAGUGAAUUUUUCUGCGGGGCAGUCCUGGUGCACCCGCAGUGGGUGCUGUCAGCAGCACACUGCUUCCAGAAUGCCUACACCGUCGGCCUCGGCCUCCACAGCCUGGAGGCCGAGCAAGAACCCGGCAGCCGUAUGGUGGAGGCCAGCCUCUCCAUCCGCCACCCAGAGUACAACAACCCAUUCAUCGCCAACGACCUCAUGCUCAUCAGGCUGGCAGAGCCCGUGUCCCUGUCGGCCACCAUUCAGACCAUCAGCCUGGCCUCCCGGUGUGCCACGCCCGGAGAGUCCUGCCUCGUGUCCGGCUGGGGGCAGCUGAUGGGCGGCAAGCAGCCCCAAGUACUCCAGUGUGCCAACAUCUCAGUGGUGUCUGAGCAGGCGUGCAGAGCAGUCUACGGCCCCGUGUACCACACCAGCAUGCUCUGUGCCGGAGGAGGGGAGGACCGCAGAGACUCCUGCCACGGUGACUCCGGGGGCCCCCUGGUCUGCAGCGGGUCUCUGCAGGGCCUCGUGUCUUUUGGACAAUCGGAGUGUGGCCUCCCCUCCGUGCCAGCUGUGUACACCAACCUCUGCAAGUUCACUGACUGGGUACAGAAAACCAUCCAGGCCACUUAGCCGCCGGAACCAGGACCCGUGAAUCAGGACCCCCUCAGUCUAUGCAGAUGACAACAGCUGGGGACUUGGGAUCCCUCAGACCCAGGAAUCUAGACCCUUAGUUCCCUCCUCCCUCAAGGCAAUCCCAUUAAGAUUAUUUUUUUCCUGGACACACUGCCCCCUGGUGGUAUACUGGUGAACCAACCUUAUUGGGGACCCAGAAAAUGUUUUCACCCUUGCUGACCUCUUCCCCUACACCUGGAAAUAAAAGC